CUUGAGCUCUUUGGGUAUUGAUUGGUUUAGAAGGUCUUUGCUUUGAUCAGGCAAUAGUUGACUAUGACCUGGUUUAAGCCGUGGUAGUAAAGAUAAAAAAGAAAUUGGAUGGGUGUGAGACCUAUUUUGGACACAGAAUUAUCAGAACUCGCUGAUGGAUUAGAUACUGAGGGGCGAGAGAAAGAAGGAAUUAGGUGGUUUCUGGUUUGAGCAACUGUGUGGCUCAUGAUGCUGUUUAAAAUAGAGACUUUGGGGAGUUGGGCACACAAGGAUAGCAGUAAAAUUAAAAAUUCUGGUAUGUUGUAUUUGAGGUAUCUAUGAGGCAGCCACAAUGGGACAGUGAGGUAGCUUAGGAAGGGGGAGGGUUGCCACAGAAGCCAGAUGCUGGGAUGUUGGAGGGAUUUGAUUUGGUACUGAAAGGGAGCCAUCAGUCAGGACAAGUGGAGAAGAAACCGGGCCAAAAUGGAAGAUCAUUUUUAUUCUAAUGGGAGCAAAAGAGGUGAAAUGAGCCGUCAGACUGCAACAGCACUGCCCACUGGAACCUCCAAGUGCACGCCGUCCCAGAGAGUGCCUGCGCUGACGGGCACAACCGCCUCCAACAAUGACUUGGCCAGUCUGUUUGAGUGUCCCGUCUGCUUUGACUAUGUGCUACCACCCAUUCUCCAGUGUCAGAGUGGCCAUCUUGUUUGUAGCAACUGUCGCCCAAAGCUCACAUGUUGUCCCACUUGCCGGGGCCCAUUGGGAUCCAUCCGCAACCUGGCUAUGGAGAAAGUGGCCAAUUCAGUACUUUUCCCUUGUAAAUAUGCCUCUUCUGGGUGUGAAAUAACGCUGCCUCACACAGAGAAGGCAGACCACGAAGAGCUCUGCGAGUUCAGGCCUUACUCCUGCCCGUGCCCCGGCGCUUCCUGUAAGUGGCAGGGCUCCUUGGACGCCGUCAUGCCCCACCUGAUGCAUCAGCACAAGUCCAUCACGACCCUGCAGGGAGAGGACAUAGUGUUCCUUGCUACAGACAUUAAUCUUCCUGGUGCUGUUGACUGGGUGAUGAUGCAGUCCUGCUUCGGCUUUCACUUCAUGCUAGUUUUGGAGAAACAGGAAAAAUACGAUGGUCACCAGCAGUUCUUUGCAAUUGUACAGCUGAUAGGAACACGCAAGCAAGCUGAAAAUUUUGCUUACCGACUUGAGCUAAACGGUCAUAGACGGCGAUUGACUUGGGAAGCGACGCCGCGCUCUAUUCAUGAGGGAAUUGCGACAGCCAUUAUGAAUAGUGACUGCCUAGUUUUUGACACCAGCAUCGCACAGCUUUUUGCAGAAAAUGGCAAUUUAGGCAUCAAUGUAACUAUUUCCAUGUGCUGAAAUGGCAAUCAAACAUUUUCUGGCCAGUGUUUAAACCGUUGCAUUCAGUUUCACAGAGAGCAAGGCACCUGUCCGCCUGCCAACCUGAAACUUUGGUCGGUGGAAGCUAGACACGUGAAGGUAAAUAAAAAGAAAGGCUGUUAAAUACAGGAAGCAGUUGCAUGUAGUAACACUAAUAUAUUUAAAAAUAAGUCAACAGUAAACCACUGAAAAAAUAUAUAUAUAUACACCCAAGGUGGGCAUCUUUUGUAUUAAGAAAGGAAGCAUUGUAAAAUAAUUCUGAAUUUGUGUUUGUUGUAGAUUGAGUGUACUGUUGAAAAUCCUGGGCUUCUGUUUUUGCGAGUGUGUGAGAGCGUGCGUGCAGCUUGUGUGUGUGGUUUUAUCCCCCCUUGAACUGACAAGCCAUGUUGCGUGGUCCUGGACCACUGCUUUUCCCUUUGUGAGUUAAUACAUAGUGCUGCUGUGUUACUUUGUGUGUGUAUUUGCUAAUUUUUAUUAAUUCUAGUUUUUCAUUAAAUAAAUUGACUUUCUUUUCUGUAAUUCAGACUUUUCCUCCCAUUUUUUUGUACCUUUUUAAAGUUAGUGUCCUUUUUGAUAUGCAUAAUUGUUUAUGGUAAAGUUCAUACAUUUGUGUUCAAUACAUACUUUCUUUCCCACCAUUAAUCAAUCCAUUAGAAAUAUUUUAAUUCAGCUAUUUUGUUGAAGGGUUCCAGAAAAGAAAGGUAACAUCCGUAUUACCCAAUAAAAUAUUUCAAGCAGCUAUUAGAUGGUUUCUCUUUUCUCUCCAGUUGAGUCAUACCAUUAAACUUAUUCUUUGUAAGGUUAUGGAAUACUGAUUUUUUUUUUUUUUUAAAUACUGAAGAAAAAAAUCAGGCUUCCUCUUCCCCAAAUUUCUUGGACAAAUCACAUGUUUGAAAUUUGUUAUUGUAUCUAUUGGUUUUGCAAAAGAAGGCAUCAUCUAACACAGUAUUUGUAAUUAAAAGCAAAUCAUUUGUUUAAAAAGGCAGAUUGCAAAAAAAAAAUGUUUUUGGUCUUUUAUAAUUCUCAUUAAAAGAAUAUCUGGCAAAUUAAAAA